AUGGCCUCUACCAAGGGGCUCGUCCCGAUCACGCGAAGUUUCCUCGCCGCGUUCUACGCGAAGCACCCGUUCGAUCCUCUGCACGACGACGUGGAGAAGCUCUUCGCGCGCCUCACGGAGCUCAGCGAGGGAAUCGAUGCCAAGCGCGUCGCCACAGAAGGCGAAGAGAAGGGACUGUUAGCCUCGUUAUUGCUCGAGGCGCCGCACAAGCUGGACGAAAACUUCUGGAAGAAUCGCGAGCAGAUCGAGGAGAUUCUGUUUCUUCUAGAUGAUGCUCAACUGCCUGCUGCGGUUAAGGCGGGCGAAUCGCCGGCGGGGAAAGCAGCAGCGGAGGCAGUUGGGAAGUGGAAGGAAGAGCUGCAGGCGACGGUGGGCUUGAUUGAGAAGUUUCAAGAAGUCACCAGCGAACGCAUCACCAGCAUGGUGUUCACGUACAUGCCGCAGGACUUCCGCGGCACGCUGCUGAAGCAGCAGAAGGAGCGGUCGGAGGCGCGGCGCAAGCAGGAGGUGGCGAACCUCGUCACCAACGGCGGCACCAUCAAGCAGAAAUACGCGCUGCUCUGGCAGCAGCAGAUGGACAGGCGGCACACGCUGGCGUCGCUGGGAGCAGCAACGGGCAUUUACCGCACGCUUGUCACCUACCUAGUUGGCGUGCCACAGAUCCUUCUUGAGUUUGUCAAGUCUAUCAAUGACCACAACGGGCCGAUGGAGGAGCAGCGGCUGUCGUACGGGCCGCCGCUGUACCGCCUCACGGAGCUCGCCAACCGCUUGCACAUCUUCCUCGCGCUCUGGUGGUCCUCCUUCGACGAAUGCACCGAGAAUGCGUCUGACUACGUCGGCGUGGUGAGCGAAGCUGCAGCUAUCUACUCCAAGGAGAUUGCACGAUUCCUCACGCUCCUCAGCGAUGUGUUUGAGCAGUCGCCGUUCUUGAUAUCUCCAGAGGAGGCCAUGUCUGCUGAGGAUAAGAGCAAGCUGGAGGAGUUCAAGGAGCUCAACAUCGCAUAUGGCCAGAGCUCCCAGGUGCCAGUGACAGUGGAUGCAGUGGGCACCCUGGUGGCCUGGGAAUUCAGCCUCACUUAUGGCAAGGAUAUCGGUUUCAACGUGGAAUACACUGCAGAAGACGGCACCAAAACGGGCAUGGUGCCGUACCAAAAAGUGGACAAGCAUGAGGGGAGCUUCAAUGCGCCUGCAGUGGGCUCGUAUACCAUCACAUGGGACAACACCUACUCCCUCCUCACAAAGAAGACUGUGCGAUACAAGGUGGGAGCCAUUCCCCCAGUGGAGACAGAGGAAGAGUUGAAAGCAGAGGAAGCUCUGUCACACCCAGAGAAGCAAGGCGAUGCCAGCACACCUACUGCUGCUGAUGCAGAUGCAGAGCUCAAGUACAGCUACAGCGCGUACUUUCAGGUCGUCACGUCGUGGCGCGAUCCCCGAGUGAACAACACGCUGGGGGUGAUGAAGGUGAUGGACCAGUUCGCACCGGACCUCGUGGCGGACGCCAUGAGCAACUGCAAGCCCAACGCCACCUUCGCGGGUUUCAACAUCAGCCAAAAGUCGGAAUGCAUUGACGGGCUCAGCCAGACGGGGCUGCCGCAGCUGAAGGACUGCAAGAAGCAGUGCACGCCCGCAGGCACGCGGUGCUGUGAUGGCGUGUGGCUGCCGUCGCUCAACAUCCCCAACGUCAUCUUCUUCCCGCAGGACCGAUACGCCACCGAGAGCAUCUACUUCUUCGGUGACAUAGGCCCGGACAUGAGCGCCGUGGACCGCGAGGUGGUCGUGGAAGGCGAGUUCUCCUCGCCGUUCAACUUCCAGCGCUUCCCCUUUGAUACCCAACACCUGCGGUUCACAGUGACGGUGGAGAGCGGCAACAUCUACCUGGUGACUUCCAACUCGGGGCGGCAGCAGGAGCAGGCGUCCAAGGGGCUCAGCGGGGGCGGCACGGGGGGAUUCUCCUCGGACGAGGUCACGGGGUGGCGCAUCAGCAGUGUCGGGCUCAACUGCUCUGCGGGUUCAUCCAACACCGCUGUUUCCGAUCUCGCUUCCUAUGCCCAAGACGACCCGUGGGCGCAGGUGAGCAGCAGUGGGGGGGCAGCGGACCCAUCGAAGCCGACCACGUGUGUGUUUGUCAUCUCCAUCUCGCGCACCAGUGGCGUCUACGUCCUCUCCGUGAUUCUCCCGGUGAUGCUGAGCGUGUACCUGACCUUCUCGGUGUUCUUUGCCAAGCCAGAGGACCUGGAGGUCCGCUCGGCUACCUGUGUGACGCUCUUCCUCGCCCUGGCCGCCGUGCAGUUCGUCAUCGACAGCCAGCUGCCGCGCACGUCAGCCAUAACGCAGUUUGGGUACCUGGUGAUCACGUCUUACAUAUUCAUCAUGCUCACCACCAUCGAGACUGUCAUCGUCUUCUGGCUCUCCGACCGGAUAGAAAAGGACGUGAUAGAGUCAGUGAGCAAGCGGUUUACGUCGCGCCGAGACACGCCGCCCACGCCAUCACCGCACGACACGUACAACACGCUCUCCGUGGAGCUCAUGAAGUCACAGCCGCCGCCUGCUGGCAGCGGGGAGGGCGGGAGCGAGACGAGCGUGGAGGAGCGGGACAAUGGGGAGGCGAAGCCGUCGAGCACGGGCGGACAGGCGGUGGGGCCUUCUGAUGGGAGUGGGGAGAUUGAGAAGCCGAGCGAUCAUAAUAAGUGCAACCCAAGUGUCUGGGUACGUGUGCCUUGGUUGUUUGGACGGUUUGUUUGUGCUGGGUUGGAUGUUUGCUGA